UGGAUCCUUCGAUGGAGGAGGAGAGCUGAAACAGCAGCCUCACUCAUAGAGUACAUUCUCUACUAGGGGUCUCCUACAAAGAGACAGAACAGAACUCAGUUCGGCAAGUUCUGGCAGAAACAAGAGCGAAAAAAAGGAAGAAGAGAUAAUACGGUUCUGUUCGUUCAGGUGGGUGGAGCUUCCAGUGUUCAGUGUUCACGCCCACACCCUCACCCCUGAAUCCAAAUCCUGCCUCUAGACCCUCGGGGCUCAAACCGUAUAGGCCGUGGAAAGAGCUCUGAUUGUUUCAUUCAACCAGCGUGUGUUGAGGGAUCAUGUCCGGAAACAAUCCCACCGGAGGAGGCGGCUCGAACGUCAACAACUCGAGUCACAAGUUGAAAUACAAGAACACGGCCUUGGACUCGCAAGAGCUUCGACGUCGACGCGAGGAAGAAGGCAUCCAACUUCGAAAGCAGAAACGAGAACAGCAGCUCUUCAAACGACGAAACGUCAAUGCCAAUGAGCUGCAGGAUGAGAUGGUCACGUCCUCGGAGCUGGAUUUGCCAGCGGGCUCGAUCAACACUGUGCAUGGCGUGAUUUCGCCUGAUAUGGUCCAGCAAUUGUAUUCGGAUAACGUGGAAGCGCAAUUGGAUGCCACACAGAAGUUCCGAAAGCUCUUGUCUCGCGAGCCCAACCCGCCUAUUGACGAGGUCAUCCAGACCGGGAUCGUGCCUCGUUUCGUGCAAUUCCUCAAAGGCGAUGACAAUAGCACGCUUCAGUUCCAGGCGGCCUGGGCCCUCACCAAUAUCGCGAGUGGCAGCUCGAACCAAACCCGAAUAGUCAUUGAUGCCGGGGCUGUGCCCAUCUUUGUCCAUUUGCUGUCCUCCAACUCGAAUGACGUGCAGGAGCAAGCCGUCUGGGCAUUAGGCAACAUUGCCGGGGACUCGCCAGACUUCAGAGAUUAUGUCAUCGAUCAGGGCAUCCUCCACCCCCUGCUAGACAUGCUAACCAAAGCCGUUCGCUUGUCCAUGACUCGCAAUGCCGUCUGGUGUUUGUCCAAUAUUUGUCGUGGCAAGAAUCCACCUCCGGAUUUUGCCAAAGUGUCACCGGCUCUCCAAGUCCUUUCGCGACUUUUGUUCCACGCGGAUCCGGAUGUCUUGGCAGAUUCCUGUUGGGCACUCUCCUAUCUCUCUGAUGGUCCCAAUGAGAAGAUUCAGGCAGUGAUCGACUCCGGAGUGUGUCGAAGACUGGUUGAGCUCCUCAUGAGCAACCAUCAGAGUGUCUUGGCUGCGGCACUACGGGCUGUGGGCAAUAUCGUGACUGGUGACGACGUCCAGACCCAAUUAAUUCUGAAUUGCAGUGUCCUCCCUCCACUAUCUUUGUUGCUCCAAGCGAGCAAAGAGAGCAUCUGCAAAGAAGCCUGUUGGACCAUCUCAAAUAUCACCGCUGGAAAUCGAACUCAAAUUCAAUCAGUCAUUGACGCCAAUGUGUUUCCUGUCCUCAUCGAUAUUCUGGGCAAAGCGGAGUUCAAAACGAGAAAAGAGGCUGCUUGGGCCAUCACUAACGCUACGUCAGGAGGCACAGCGGAGCAAAUCCGAUACCUCGUCAGUCAAGGGUGCAUUCAACCAAUGUGCGAUCUGUUAACAGUCAUGGAUAAUAAGAUUGUCCAGGUGGCUCUCUCCGGCUUGGAAAAUAUUCUUCGUCUGGGCGAGCAGGGGGCCAAGGCAUCGGGAGUGAAUCCGUACGCCAACAUUAUUGAGGAAUGCUAUGGCUUGGAUAAAAUCGAGUUCCUUCAGUCCCAUGACAACAUGGAGAUCUAUCAAAAGGCCUUCGACAUUAUCGAACAAUUUUUUGGCUCCGAAGAUGGGGACGAAAAGAUUGCCCCCUCUGUGGACCAAACGGGACAACAGUUCCAAUUUGAUGCCACAGCCACGCCCCCUGGCCAAGCCCAAAACGGAUCAGGAUUCAUUUUUUAGAAGAAGGAAAGGAAGAAAAAAAAACCUGACCAGUUUUCUACGAUCAAUUUAAUCUUCGUCACCGACCAACAUUAAGCUAUUGCAUACAUCCUUGUUUUGUUGCUCGUGCCAGAAUAUUAUAUUAAUCAUUUAGCUUG